UUGACUCGUACGGCGCAUGCGCAUUGCGAAAGGCGGAGGGAUUCGAGUCGUCUCCACUCCCAGUUCUGGUCGCGAGCUGAGGCCGCGCGGGUUGUGAGGAGAGGUCUGGUUUGCGCGCGCUGCGCGGACCACCGAAGCUACCUGACGCGGGCGCCGCCGAAGUGGAAGUCGGAGCGGGAGUUUUUGUUUGUGAAGGGCGGCCGCGAGGCCUGAGGCUAACGUCAGGCUGAGGAGAGCGCCGCGCGAUUUGGCAAGAUGACACAGUUUCUGCCUCCCAACCUUCUGGCCCUUUUUGCACCCCGAGAUCCCAUCCCAUACCUGCCACCCCUGGAAAAGCUGCCACAUGAAAAACACCAUAACCAACCUUACUGUGGCAUUGCACCAUACAUCCGAGAGUUUGAGGACCCUCGAGAUGCUCCUCCUCCAACAAGAGCAGAAACCCGGGAAGAACGCAUGGAGAGAAAGAGACGGGAAAAAAUUGAACGGCGACAGCAGGAAGUGGAGACAGAGCUGAAAAUGUGGGACCCUCACAAUGAUCCCAAUGCUCAGGGCGAUGCCUUCAAGACUCUGUUCGUGGCUAGAGUGAACUAUGACACAACAGAAUCUAAGCUUCGGAGAGAGUUUGAGGUGUAUGGACCCAUCAAAAGAAUCCACAUGGUAUACAGUAAACGCUCUGGAAAACCCCGUGGUUAUGCCUUCAUCGAGUAUGAGCAUGAACGAGACAUGCACUCCACCACGCAGCUGGCUUGCAGCUGAUGCUUACGCUCCCCUUACAACACCUCAGUGUAUGGUUGGUAUAAGGGUUUGUAUCAUGGGUAAGAUCACAGCACCGCACACCAGCCCAGCUUAGCCAGGCAGCUUAGGAACAGUGAGGCUUCCCUUCCCACCCUAGUCACCUUUCAGUAUCCCUUCACCCACAGCCCUCUCCUCAUUUGGGUGCCCUUUGCCCCUCUUGCCCCCAUCCACAUGCUCUCUGGUAAUCUCGCUGAUCCCAAGGGGAAGGGUGGACCUCGAUGGGAAAGGCAUUUGCCUCCAUCUAUAGUCGGGCUCCACCCAGCCUCUGACACCUGGGUCAUAUUGGCAACCCUAAAGCUGGGGUGUCCUGGGACCAGGGCUCUAUGUGGAGCCCUUCAGCCCAACCCUCCCUGCCCUAUGACUUCUGUGGAGUUGUCACCAUAGUGGUCUUGGAAAGUCUCUGGUUUCUAGCUUGGGGUAUUGUGUCCCUCCUGUCUUCCUUGGUGUGGUGGGAGUCUCCUUAGAAGGCAGCUGUGAUGUCCAGUGCCUGAGCUCCCCAAAGUGCAUGGAUUGGGGUUCAGGGUAUGGGAGGGGUGGAGCAGGCUUUAAAACAACUAAAGGUGUGGUAGUUUUUACUAAAUCUGCACAGAGGUGGAAGAGAGGGAAAGAGAGAGAGAGAAGCCUAGAAUGACACAAUUACAUGGUCUUGCUGUUUUCUGGGUUGGACCUCUCCCGGGGUUUGGGAUGGGGAACCUGAGCAGGGUUCCUGUAUUGACUGACCCUCUCAAGCUGUUCUGGGGUUAGGGGCCGAUCGGCCCCUCCUGGAGCAUGGGGAGCAUUCUUUUGGAUCCCAGGUGUAUCCCCUGUGUACUGGCCUCAGGCCUGUUGCCACUAGUGGGAGGGCAUAUGGAUCCAGGUGGAAAGCCUGACCCCAGGACUGAGUGCUGGGCCUGUACCUAGUGGAGCGUAACUGAGGCAGUGGUGAGCAGUAGGUGCUUUUGAGGCCUUGAGGCCCACUGUUUAGGUUGGGCAGGAUAGAUAGAUCCAGGUCUCCCAGCCCGGGCGCAAACAUUCCUCUGACAUUCAGAGGCUCCCUUUUUUCCUUCAUCCACUUGUCUCUAGAUGAUGUGGGAAAUGUAGUGUCUCCCUCUCAGGGUUCCCUGUAGCUUUAGUUGCCCCUGUGGUGGUGGGUGUGGGGUUGUGUGAGUGUUCAGGUAAGCUUGGGGUCUCCAGGUAAGCAGUCCCGUGUCCCAACCCCCACCCCACCCCCGGGAAGCCCGCCUCCUCGCCAGGCCCCCAGGAGUUGCCGGCCCCCCCCAUCCCGCUCGGUUUGGACACCCGCAAGGCCGGCAUCGGUAAAUGGCACCUUUUUCUCUUCCUCUGGUUGUUAUUGGGGGGGAGUGGGCAGGGGUGGGGCAGGGUAUUGUGGUUGGUGAGCACAGCCCCUUAGGCCAGGGCUGGGACCUGGACAGGGACUUUUUGGCCUUCUUAACAGCCCUGCCUGAUCACAGGCCUGGGCUCUGGGCCUUCCCACUAUGUCUUAUGCUCCUCAACUUCCCUGAGGGUUCAGGCAGGGCUGCAUGCCCUGCUGGCCAUUGACCUCGGCUUGGAGGACAGAGCUGGCCAGGCUAGGUGGUGGCAGGGUCAGUCGGCUCAGGUAAGGCAGGGAUUUUGAGUAGCACGGUACAUGUCCCUUUGAGUCCAGCCAGGGUCCUUGGAGGUCCCUGGGGAGCUCAGCACCCACCUAUAUCCCUGCCAGUUCCUGAAGGUCUUUCCACUCCUGUUCAUUUCUGUUCUGAUGUCUCUUUCCUCACACUGACCUCCCCUAUAAAAACACACAGAAAAACAAAAACAAAAAAACAAAAAAAUAAUCUGGUGUGGUCUGGAUGUGGUGGGGCCCAGUGGGCCUCCUGCCUCAGCAUGGUGUCUAGGGUGCAUGCCUGGGUGUGGAGGAGCCUAGCCAGCCUCCUGCCCAGCAUGGUGUCUAGGGUGCAUGCCUGGGUGUGGAGGAGCCCUCCCCACAGCAGAGGCCAGCAUUCAGCUAACCUCCAGUUUCUUUGCAGCAAUUUGGCCGCCCUGGCAGGAGGGGGCUGCUCCAUCAUGUGAAAGCUGGGGGAGGCCAGAGUAAAUGUUUUACCCCCCCAAUAGCACUUGGGGGUGCCAAAAAGGAAUCAAGCACCGGAUGGAGCAGGCCCUUCAGGGUGGGGAGAGGGCGGUCUGGCUGUUGGUUGCCUGGCUGACUGGUGGGAGUGUGAGUGUAUGUGUGCAGAUGGGGUUUGAGGGGCAGGGAUGCUGUUGUAUGGAGCCUUGUCUGACUAGAGGACCUUCUGGGGAAUUCCCCCUCCCCCACAUCUGUUGCAGCCGCUUACAAGCACGCAGAUGGCAAGAAGAUAGAUGGCAGGAGGGUCCUCGUGGAUGUGGAGAGGGGCCGGACUGUGAAGGGCUGGAGGCCCCGGCGCCUAGCUUGUCUUCUCAUCAUCUUCAUGGCUUUGGACACUGGUGCACACAGACACCUACACAUGAGCACCCAAGCAUACCCUGGUCUUUCCUGCAUGAGUGAUUGACCAGCAGCAGUUCUUGUGCAGUGAGGUGGCCUUGGUGGUACCAGAAGAGGUGGGGCAGAUGUGAAUAUCAGGCAUUCGGGCCGAGAUGACACUUCCCGAUAUGAUGAGAGGCCGGGCCCCUCCCCGCUUCCACACAGAGACCGGGACCGGGACCGCGAGCGGGAGCGCAGAGAAAGAAGCCGAGAACGAGACAAGGAGAGAGAAAGGAGACGCUCCCGCUCUCGGGACCGGAGGAGGCGCUCCCGGAGUCGAGACAAGGAUGAGCGGCGACGGUCCAGGGAGCGUAGCAAGGACAAGGACCGAGACCGAAAGCGACGAAGCAGUCGGAGCCGGGAGCGAGCACGCAGGGAACGGGAGCGAAAAGAGGAGCUUCGAGGUGGAGGAGGUGGUGGCGGUGGUGGCAGUGGUGGUGGUGGCGGCGGCGACAUGGCUGAACCCUCUGAAGCUGGUGAUGGAGCUCCUGAUGAUGGGCCUCCUGGAGAGCUUGGCCCUGAAGGCCCUGAUGGCCCAGAGGAGAAGGGCCGGGAUCGAGACCGGGAGAGGCGACGUAGUCACCGGAGUGAGAGGGAACGUCGUCGGGACCGAGACCGUGAUCGGGAUCGAGAGCACAAGCGUGGGGAGCGGGGCAGUGAGCGGGGCAGGGAUGAGGCCCGGGGUGGGGGUGGCAGCGGUCAGGACAAUGGGCUGGAAGGGCUAGGUAGUGAUGGUCGAGACAUGUACAUGGAGGCAGAGGGUGGUGAUGGGUACAUGGCCCCAGAGAAUGGAUAUCUGAUGGAGGCAGCGCCCGAAUGAAGAGGCCUGUAGUGGACAUGCUCCUAAUCUUGCUGUCUGCCUUCCUAGCCUUUUCCACCUUGGCUUGCCUCUGAGGGUAGAUUUUUUUUUUUAAUCCGGUCCCUUGGAUUUAAAAAUAAAAUUAAUUUUCUGUUGAUAGUGGG